AUGCCGCCAUUUUUGUCGAGUGCAAAAGCUCUUCGAUCCUUAUCGACACGCAAAAGUCGAUUCAAUCUAUUGAUUAGGUCUACCAAGAGCAGCGAGAAUUUCGAUCGAUGUCGAUGCUUUUCAACCAUUGCUUCCAGAGCCGCUCAUCAGACUUUGCCCUUCGCCUCUGCCAUUAGGUUUUCCACCUUUUCGAGAAAUUUUGAUAAUAACAUUUAUAGUUCUAUCCAAUCGAGGCGGUUUAUUGGAUUUGGUGGAGAUGGUGCAGAAGAUGUUUUGUCCAAAACUUACGAGGAGAAACGCGUUUUGGGGUACUCUCCGGAGCAAUUAUUUGAUGUUGUUGCGGCUGUUGAUUUUUAUCAUGGUUUUGUCCCGUGGUGUCAGAGGUCGGAGAUAGUUAAACGCAAUCCAGAUGGAUCAUUUGAUGCUGAGUUGGAGAUUGGAUUCAAAUUUCUAGUGGAAAGUUAUGUUUCUCAUGUUGAAUUCGACAGACCAAAUCGAAUAAAGACAACGGUGUCAAAGAGUACCCUAUUUGACCAUUUGAUAAACCUAUGGGAAUUUAGUCCUGGUCCGGUUCCAGGAACUUGCAAUCUCUAUUUUUUGGUGGACUUUAAGUUUCAGUCUCCACUUUACUCACAGGUUGCCUCAAUGUUCUUUAAGGAGGUGGCGUCUAGGAUGGUUGGUUCAUUCACUGAGCGAUGCCGCAUGAUAUAUGGACCAGAAGUGCGGGUCCAUGAGAACUCAUAUGGACAAAGGACAUGA